AUGAAGGCCCUGUUCUAUUCCCUGCUGCUGCUGCUGAGUCUGACUGCUUCAGUGCGGGCCGACUGCCAUCGAGACUGCCUCUCAUGCGGACUACUGCUGCCAGAACAACAAGCAUUCAACACACUGGUGUGUCUGCUGGAGUGUGAGGCCCAGGUGUCCCCAGCGCUGACCUGGGAUCUGUGUCACGCCACCGUCGGCAUCAGCGGCCCGGCUCCCGAGGGCUCCGAGGGUUCCGUCGCCAAGAGAGAUGACGGCUACGGUGACCCGGAGGGAUUGGACGAGAGCGAGGAGGUGGCCUUCAACGCAGACGACGGCGAUGAGGAUGAGGAACAACAGCAACCGUUACCACAGCAACCGCAGCAUCAGCAGCAGCAGCGGGAGACGGUGGAGAGCGCAGCGUCUGAUUGGUUCAGGGCCGCACUGAGGGCCCAACAGGUGGCGCUGGAGGAUGAGGAGCGCAGUCUGGACGAGAACGAUGAAGACGAGGCCGAGGAGGAAGAGCAGCAGCAGCAGCAGAGUCGCGGGGCCUCGAACCUGCAGCAGUCCGCCAGCCUCCGAUUGGCCAAGCGCUUCGGCGGCUUCAUGAAGGGUCGCCAUAGUUACCGUAAGCUGGUUGGCCGCUCCCUGCCGUCUGAGGCGGUGGCGUUGACGGGGCCGAGCGUUGGCGUGGCGGGAGACGGGGAGCGGAGCCGGUCGCUGCAGAAGAGGUACGGAGGCUUCAUCGGGAUCCGCAAGUCGGCGCGCAAGUGGAACAGCCAGAAGCGCGUCAGCCAGCUGCUGCGGCAGUACCUCACCCUGACGGGCCGCCCCGCACGCUUCAACAACCUCUCCGGACCGGGCCUGCGCCGGCCCAUCGACCUGUAGUAGGCCAAUCACGAACAUCCUCCUGCCCCAUCCACCUGG